AUGUUUGCCGAUGAACGACGCAGAAAGAUCAAUCUGGGCGGCGCAUCGAGCGCACAGAGCCAUGCCAUCAUCCUGGAUCAAGCCAAAGCUCGAAGAUUAGAACGCGAGGCGCUUCGGCGAAAGCAAGAGCAGGCGACUCGUAUUCAAGCAUGGUGGCGCGGCCAGAGGGAAGCCAGGCUCGUGAGAGCGAGGAUGCAGGAGCUGUUCGCCCAGGAUAUGUUCUCGAUCACGGGCUUGCGGUGCUUGGCUUUGACCUGCGAUGAGACAGCGCUGGAGUCUUGGUCGACUGCAGUCAGUCAGGACGGAGCCCUUGCAUUUAGAUCGGCGGCGGCACCUCAUCAACACCAAACGAGCUGGCUAAUCUUGAUGCGGCAGAUAACGCUGCUACUCCUCAAAUCGGUCGCAAAUUCGCCUCGACUCAAUCGCUCAGUUGUGCAUCUUCGAGUCCUUACCUCCAUCUUCUCCCCGAGCUGGUACCGCCCCACGUUCGGCAGCGAAGCCACAGACGCGUGUGCGGCCAUCACGCGAUACACCCUAGAUCACGGUUAUUAUUCCUUAAUUUCGCAGGCAAUAUUUGCCAUCCCGAUACCCGAGGCCAAAACAUCCCAGUCUCUCCCAUAUCUAGUCGUGCUCGCUACGCAACCCUUCUCCAUCCUGGCCACCUCCGAUCCCGCUUACUCAUUCGCACUCGAAGCCCUUCUGUCGCGCAUCCUCGUCAUCCCACUGCUUCCGAACCGGAUUCCCAUUGCAUCACUCACCCAUCUCGCGGGCCACUUGCCGUUCUCCACUCUGAACCUGGUCGAGGACCGCGUACCGCAGGUGGCGCACGAAGACCGGGUGCACCUCGUUGCGAACCUGGUCACGUUCACGUCUCCCCGGUACUCGAAGCUCCCGAAGGCGGCGCUCGAGGCGUAUGCAGGGCUGGUUACUGCGCUGCUCAACGCGCUUCCCAUCAAUGCUCUGGAUGCACGGCACCCCGGGGUCGAGGAGUACGACUCUGAUAUGGAGGCGCACGCGGAGGGCGACGUCGUGACUCUUCCGCCGCUGGAUCCCCGUACGACUAAACGCCUCGAUGUGCUAUUUUCGACCGCGCACAUACAAUCCUUGACGUCGGCAUUGCAGUCGCGCACAGCACUGGUCAAGUUCCUGCUAUCGCUCGCUACUAUAUCUCCGGCACGUAAAGACGAUGUGCUACGCGCGGUGCAAGUCAACAACGGCGGAGGGCUGGUGCGGGAGAUAUACCGAGUUUAUGUGAGGAGUUCGGCACUUGGGAAAGAUACCGAGAUGAAUACGCUCGCAGACACGGCGAACGCCCCUUCGUGGACAUACUUACUGUUCCUGACAUACCUGUACAACCAGGCGCUGACUACGAUGGGUGACGACGAGUUUUUUUCGACUGCCGCGCCUUCAUCGACAGAACGCUCUAUCGAACGCAAUCCCCUCUCGUUAGAUGAUCUGACCACUUUUAGCAGGCAGCUGAUGAAUAUUGCAUUUACGCUAUAUUGGCGCACACCUGGUGAACUGUCCAGCGGCCCUGUCCUGGCCCGUGCUGGCAUCCGGUUGAACUGGGAGGGCGUCAGAGACAUUAUAACGAAGUGCUUGGUCGCUAUUCAUGCACGAGAUUCCCGCAAACCGUUUACUCCCCAGGACCACUGGUUGGUGACCUCGAAUUUCGACGUGCAGUCGUUUGUUGAGGCGGCGAUAUUUGAGGAGAAGGAGCUCACGUCGGACAGUAACGCCGAGGUUGUGGUAUCCGGCACGAGGGUUCGUCCGACGCAUAGUCUCUCUGCGCGCCAGCUCGCAUAUCUGUCGCCACGGCUGGGGAUCCUCAACAACAUCCCCUUCGCGAUCCCGUUCCCCGUCCGCGUGUCUAUCUUCCGCAGAUUCAUCCAGAACGACGCGAUUGCGCGGGGGACGCCUGAUCGGUAUUCUUUCCAGGGAAUGAGCCAUCGGACGCGGGUGCAUAUUCGCCGUUCGAGCGUCGCGCAGGACGGAUUUGACAAAUUGGCCGGUGUGGAUCUGAAGGGCCCGAUAGAGAUUACCUUCGUAGAUCAGUUCGGCCAGGAAGAGGCUGGAAUCGACGGGGGCGGAGUGUUCAAGGAGUUCUUCACGAGCCUCUGUAAGGAAGUUUUCGAUACGGAUCGUGGGCUGUGGCUGGCGACUAAAAAGAACGAGCUGUAUCCAAAUCCCCACGCUUACGCUACCGAACCGCAUAGCCUCAACUGGUAUCGAUUUGUAGGACGGAUAUUGGGCAAGGCGCUGUACCAGGGUAUACUCGUGGAUGUGGGCUUUGCGGGGUUCUUCCUGGCCAAGUGGCUCGGCAAGCAGAGCUAUCUCGACGAUCUGGCGUCUCUGGACCCAGAUCUCUACAACGGGUUGACGUUCCUCAAACAUUACGAGGGGAAUCCGGAGGAUCUGUCGCUGAACUUCACGGUCGCCAUUGAGGAAUUUGGCACGACUAAAUCAAUCGAUCUGAUACCAAAUGGAAGCAACACGCCUGUGACGAGGGAGAACCGCCUCCAAUACAUAUACCUAAUUUCGCAUUACCGCCUCAGCAAGCAGAUCAAGCUCCAGAGCGAGGCGUUUUUUGAAGGCCUUUCGGAUAUGAUAGACCCUAAGUGGCUUCGCAUGUUCAACCAGCAAGAGUUUCAGAUUCUCCUCGGAGGGGUUAACUCUGCCAUUGAUAUAGAGGACUUGCGUGCUCACACCGUGUACGGCGGCUUGUACGAUGAGAAGCAUCCUACUAUCAUGGCGUUUUGGAACGUGGUGGAGUCAUUUGAUCACGAGCAGCGACGAGCGCUAUUGAGAUUCGUAUCAAGCUGUAGUCGUCCACCCCUGCUCGGUUUCAAGGAAUUGCUUCCGAAUUUCUCUAUUCGGGACGCUGGCUCAGAUCAGACACGCCUUCCGACUGCGAGCACAUGCGUCAAUCUUCUGAAGCUACCAUUGUAUCAAAAUGAAGCCGUGCUUCGAGAGAAACUCCUGAAGUCCAUCACCUCCAACGCGGGCUUCGAUCUCUCCUGA